AGACCGAAUGUGUUUCAUAUAAAAACCUCAAGUGGUUGAUGAGUUAAUCAGUGUGUUCCAGCGUCGUCUUCGGUGAACUACAAUAUUGGAAAAGCAUUUCGUUCGAGUCGAGAAUAAAAACGGAAAUUAAUAUUCAUUCCAAAAUGAAAGCUGUGUUUGUGCUAUUUGGUGUCUUGGCCCUGAGUCUCGGUGUACAUUCGGCCACAUACGAAUGUCCCGAUGUACCAGACUACACCACCACCUUAAAGUUGGCUUGUGAAGGCUAUGAAUUGCAGUAUUUGUGGCCCAACUAUGCCAAUGUACAGCAAUACUAUCGCUGCCAAGGUGAAGGAAAUCCCAUUUUGGUUAAUUGCCCUGCAAAUACCUAUUUCAGUUUUGUUCUGCAAAGCUGUCUCAGCUGUCAAGAAUAUAUACCAUCCCAAAUUUGCCAGACAUUGAAAGUUGAGCAGGGUUCCGUUUGUGUACCUAUUGCUAACACCACAACUCCAGCUCCUACUUCAGCUCCUACUCCAGCUCCUACUCCAGCUCCUACCCCAGCUCCUACUCCAGCUCCUACUCCAGCUCCUACUCCAGCUCCUACUCCAGCUCCUACCCCAGCUCCUACCCCAGCUCCUACUCCAGCUCCUACUCCAGCUCCUACUCCAGCACCCACCCCAGCUCCCACUCCAGCCCCCACUCCAGCCGGUUCUUCCAUUCCCCCACCACCAGUACCAUCCACCUCCGCACCUGGUGUUCCCACGCCUCCAGUUGCUGGCCCCACACCACCAACAAUUGAAAAUACCCCUCCACUAGAGGCAAAUCCCAGCUCUUAAGUUCAAUAAACCCAACUUAAAGCUUUUGAUUUGAAUAAAAUGAAUAUUUUGCAAUUUA